CCAUGGAACAUCGUACUGCAGACAGAGAGAUGUCUGACGUUACCGCGGCGCAGCAGCAUCAAGUCCCAAAUGACAACAACGUUCGAGAGAUGCUCACAUUGGCUCGCCAACUCAUCAAUCAAGGCAACCCUUCUCAAGCUCUCCAAGCGGAGUCUUUGAAACGAUGAGGGGCGUGACAAGGAAGUUAGAAUAACUUCAAAACUACUCAACUAUGUUUUUGGUUACGUCCCAAGCUCGGUCAUAUUUACAAGUUUUGUCAUCUGUUUGUUGGAAGCUCGAGCUGCUGCUUUUUUUUUUUUUUUCAAUUUGGAUAACUUGCAAGUGAAUCUAUUAAUGAAGGACAUAUAGAGUUAUUCCGAGGCUAUCGCAUUUGAUUCCCAAGCUUAGGUGGUCAUGGCAAUGAGAACCAAAGGUGGGGAUCAAGCUGUAUUUCAAUCCUUGCACCGUGCUCGUGAGCUGUAUUUGAACAGAUUGCAAGAGAGCACUAAUGUUGAUCAUCUGGCCUCUUUGUUUGCUGAAUGUGCAAUUGCUGAGGCCCAGCCUUUACAAGAUGAACAAACACCACUUAAUGGAGGUGACCAAUCACCUUCAGCUGUACCCGAAGUUCAUGUAAACUCCAUACUUGCAGAAACUGGCAGGACGCAAAUUGUGUUGGAUGCAUUCUCAGAUGGGAGCAGUUUCAUCUGCCUUCACUGUGGUGGUCUCGUAAGUAAUUAUCGCAAAGACGAGCACUAUGCAUUCUGGUGUGGUUGACUCUGAGCUCAUGAAUGUGGAACGAGUUUUUGCUCUUUGAUGCAGUGCUGCUUGACAUGCUUGAUUAACUUACCACUUUCCUGUAUUGUGAUGCAGUGCUCCCCGACAUGCAUGAUUAGCACACUGCUUUCCUUAUUUACUGCACUGAACUGCAUGGUUGCUUUACUCGAUGAAAUUUCUUCUUAUAUGCCCGAUGUUAUCAUUACCAACCAAAACAUCAAAUGCUUGACUUGAGAUACAGAGGUCCGGUUUUGAUUUAGACUGAAAAGAAAUGUACUACUGUAAAACUUCUUGCAGAAGGCUUUUACUAUUUAGUGGUUAAACCAUCAAAGAAAUGACGACGACGAUGUGGAUCAA